CGUCGCUCUACUCGAAGGUUCUGUGUAAAGGAACAACGUGGAUAUAAUGUUUCGCUAUUGUGUGUACGUUUGCUUACUAGCUCUUGCUGCUGCCCAGAAUGGGGGUUACAAUUACGCCAGCGCCUCCGCACCCGAACCACAAGUGUUCAUAGCGCCCCCCGAUCCAGCACCCGCACCUGUGUCUAGCACUUCCAAUACGCAAUAUGUGGCUGAUGUUCCAGUAGUUGCAGCUUCGCAACAACAAAUCCAACAAGCAGCACCUGCGUCAGUGCAAUAUAAAUAUCGUAAAGACUUUUACUAUUUUAAAGCUCCCGCAGCGUCUGUUGCUCAACGACCAGUCGCACAGGCAUCUCAACCCGUUCCCACAGUGCAGAAACAAUUGAAUGUGGUUGUUAUUAAAGCGCCUGAAAGCAGCAAAUCCCACUACCAACAACCAUUACGUAACGCAGUACCACAAGUCGUCGAGGAAACAAAGACCCACAUAUACGUGCUCAGCAAGGAGCCAGGCCGCAGCGCGCCAAAACCAGCCGCAUCACAGCAGCAGCAUGUCACGACGCACAAAUCGCACAAGCCAGAAGUUCACUACCUCAAGUAUAAGACACCCGCUGAGGCACAACAAAUACAACAACAGAUUGUACAACAGUAUGGUGGUGGCAAUAUAGUAGAUUUAAGCGCAAAGGUAGCUGCGUCCAAUGUAAAUAGGCAAUACCUCGCACCAGCCGCUUCGAAUGGGAAUACUCAAAACUUCUCACCAGCCGCUUCAAAUGUGAAUAUUCAAUACCUCGCACCAGCCGCUUCGAAUGUGAAUCGUCAAUACCUCGCACCUGCCGCUUCGAAUGGAAAUAUUCAAACCCUUGCACCUUCCGCUUCGAAUGUGAAUACUCAAACCCUCGCACCAGCCGCUUCGAAUGUGAAUAGUCAAUACCUCGCACCUUCCGCUUCGAAUGUGAAUACUCAAACCCUCGCACCUGCUGCUUCGAAUGUGAAUACUCAAUACCUACCACCAGCCGUUUCCAAUGUGAAUGCUGAAUACUUGCCACCAUCAUCUGAGCCAUCGAACGCUUAUAUUUCACCGAGAUUUUUCUUCAGACAAUAAGUUAUAGUAAAAACAUAGCUAUCAUUGUGUUGAUUCCGGUGCAAGACAUAAAUUACAUUUUAUUUUGGGUUAUUUUAAUUUAUCUGCGAUACAUUUCUCUAUGAGAAGUAAUCAAGUAAGGCAGUGUGUUUUGUAAGAAAGGCAUUUGAAGAUGUUUUUUAAAAAUGCAUUAAAAGAAAUAAGGGGGUAUUAAAUAAAACAUUUAAAGCUUUAACUCAAUGUCUUUUAAUGGAAAGCAUGUGAUUUUCCAAGAGUCGACGCAAAAAAAACAACCGAGUGUAUCAGGCAAAUUCCCUUUCGAGUGAAUAUCAAGCAAAUUCACUUUCAAUCCGAUAUUGGUGUUCUGUGUUUCUUUUUAUUCUGUUUUAUUUCCACAUUUUUUUUUUUUAAUGAAUUCUGAGUGUAUUUAAAUGUUAUAAAAAACGAU